AUGGCUCUUUUUGGGUUUGGUCAAUCUGCAGAUAUAACUAUAAAAUUGGAUGAUGAAGAAACUCGGAAGACGGCAAAAAUACGAGGAGAGGACGGUCAACAGGAGACGCAUUAUUUAUUUUAUGAUGGCGAAACUAUAUCGGGCACUGUGAACGUUGCCUUGAAAAAAGCUAACCAGAAACUUGAACAUCAAGGCAUACGUAUUGAAUUUAUUGGACAGAUAGAAGUAUACUAUGAUCGCGGUAACCAGCAAGACUUCAUUUCUCUGACCAAGGAUCUCGCAAGACCUGGCGAACUCACUCAAAAUUCGUCUUUUCAUUUCGAGUUUCAUAAUGUAGAGAAACCCUAUGAGUCCUACAUGGGUAUUAACGUUAAGCUAAGGUACUUCCUUCGAGUAACAAUUGUGAGACGAAUAACCGACAUCACGAGAGAAAUGGACCUUAUCGUUCACACUCUCAGCAGUUAUCCAGAUGCUGACGUAAAUCUGAAAAUGGAUGUUGGAAUAGAAGAUUGUCUACACAUCGAAUUUGAGUACAACAAAAGCAGGUAUCAUCUCCAAGACGUGAUUGUGGGGAAAAUUUAUUUCGUUUUGGUCCGAAUAAAAAUCAAACACAUGGAGAUCACUAUUAUCAAGUCUGAGACAGUUGGUUCCGGUCCAAACGCUGCUAAAGAAACUGAUCCUGUUGCCAAGUUCGAAAUUAUGGAUGGUGCUCCUGUAAGAGGCGAAUCUAUUCCGAUCCGUCUUUUCCUCGCUGGCCACGAUCUUGCACCAACAAUGCGGGACGUUAGUAAGAAAUUCUCUGUCAGAUAUCUGCUGAACUUGGUUUUAGUUGACGAAGAGGACCGGAGAUAUUUCAAGCAACAGGAAGUUACCUUGUGGCGUAAAGCAGACAAACCUAUAAGGAAAAUGUUGGAACCUGCAAUAACGGAUACCAAUGCAAACGGAAUCGAUGAUGCAACCAGGACUAACACUACUGGAGAUAAUGAGAAUGCGUUAUCGGAAGAACGUGUUCUGCGGGUCAACUCUCUGAAGGUUUCUACUCAUUGA